AUGCAUACCUGCAAGGGUUCACAAAGGAUUUUAUCACUCAUAAUCACAAACUAUCUGGAUUAUCAAGCAAUCAAUAAAUAUAGAGAACAGUUCAUAUUAAAAUCAAUUGAAAUACUGUUGACAUGGAUUCUAUUGGGCGCGAGUAUAGCCGCGUACAGCACUGUAUGGACUCAUUUAAGCCAAAUCCCUGUAUCACCAAUCGGUGCUGUCCAGGAUCUGAUCAGCGCUAUAAUAGGCCAGUCGAGCCGUUUAGGCGAGAUGUCCGCUCUGGGGCUACAGAGGCUGCGGGACAACCGGCAAAUCAUGUUAUUUGGGCUCAUAUACGUGUGGCUAUUGUCAAGUCUGAUACUAACAAAAUGCUUGACAGAGUUCCUACUGAACACUUAUAUCCCGGGCAAACCCGUACCGUUGGUGGACUCCGUGGACGAACUCGUGAGGGCCACACAUUUGACUGUCUUUCAGUCGCUGGAUAAGCGAGACAUUAACAAUACCCAUAAGAGUGAACAGUUUUGGAAAGUAAAUCUUAGGGGCGAGAAGGGCAAUCAAUUGUUUAACAACAGUAUUCUCAAUAAUCGUCCUGUGCACCGGGUCAAAAUGAUCGGCCAGGGUCGAGCCGUGUACGUGAGCAAUACCGACAAGUGUGAGUUUAUGCGCGCGCUAAACCCCAGGGCCCACACGAGCACAGCGCCCAACAAGUAUGGGUUGUAUUUCAAUGUGCAUUAUGUGUCCCGAACCUAUCGUCGGCACCAGUUUAUGUUGAAUAAAUUGAUAACAUGUGUGGAAAUGGGUCUGGAUAUUAGGGAACAGGCGGUGGUGCGCCUUCUCAAUGAGUACAUCGGCCUUACGGUCACCCGAUCGGUUAGUGUGAGUGUGGCAGCCGAUGAUGGUUAUGAUAAUGACGAUCAGGGUGACCAUCAUCAGAUUAAUCUUCAAAAAAAAUUACAUCUCAAUAAAAUGAACCGAUUAUUAACACUCGCGUUGUUUAUGUUGGUUAUUGGGUCCAUAUAUUGCCAGUACUCGGGUGGCGGUGCGGGUAACGGGCAACAGGGUGGUGGCGGCUCUAUGCGGGACACAGCGAGCAAAGUGGGUCAGGCGGCGUGGGGUGUGGCCAAGACUGCGGCCCAAAUGACACCACAGGGCCAGGCAGUGAUGCAGGCGAAGAACGCGUACGAUGGAGCUAAAAAAGUAUACAACACCUACCAGAAUGCGCGUGGUCAACAACAGGGAUAA